CAAUUCUUCUGAUAAGAAAUUUACAAUUCAACACAGCAUCUUAUCUUUACCAUCUUACCAACGCCUGACUCUGAGCUUGACUCUCCCCUUUUGGUGCCUACAAACGAGUUCAUUGAAACGAGCAGGCUCAAGACAAGCACCGAAGAAGGAAAUGAUUGCGUGCCUCCGGUCAAUCCAGGCUCUGAAAUUUCCACUCCGCAAAACCACAGCCAGAGAGAACGGCGACGCAUGCCACUUUCACCAGAGAAGGAACUUCGAAACAUGUCAUCUGGGAUCGUGCCCGGCAGCUGGGACGCUGAAAGCCCUAGCACAACCAAGACUCAUGAGUACUAUGAGCGAGAUAUUGAAACUCGAAAGGGCACGACUCGACAUGCUCUAAAGGAAUUCCAUCACCCUAGAGAAAUCUUCGAUUUCUUCAGCAGUUCUGGCGAGGCUCAGCCGCAGUCGCUGAGAAGAGCUGAACCAUCACUCACGACUGAGGAGGUUGGCUCAUUUGAGGAAAACCUUCAACUUCAUCAUCUUGUCGAAGAUCUCCUGCAAAGGCUAUCCGAACUCAAUGAGAACAAACAGAUUGCUGAUGAAAAGGCAGACAGGCUUACGAAGAAAUUCAUGAGCAUGGAGCAUAGAUUGAGCUCCCACAUGGCCCUGGCGAGCAAGGCUAAAGAGCUGGCCGAGGAGAACCGUGUACUCAGAGAACAACUCAACGAUGCCCAGUCCCACAUAUUCGGUCUCCAGCCCUACCGCAAGGAUCUGACACCCGAAGAGGUUGGGCAGAAUAGGAAGGGAUUCAACCUGCAGAAACUUGACCCUCCAGCUUCCGAAGAAGACUUGUACCACAAACUGCACAGUAUGUGCACCGUAGUACCAGCUUUGUAUAUGAGACAGGUCGGACAAGGAUAUGCCCUCAGGAGUCCUAUCGUUGUUAGGAAGCAACAGAUCUUGGUAGCUUGGGGUUCGGAGGAGCAGCGACGAGCUUGCCAAGACGAUGGGUAUUGAACACUUAUUUCGCAUUUGUUUGCGUUGAAGUCCUCAGAAGAAGGUUAACUAUCUUUCUUCGAAUGAGAGGUGAUGCUUGAUGGUUUAGGAAUGACAGCACACCGUGGGACUAACCCAUGACUGUUUACUUCAUGGCAAGGGGCAAGAGAUGUCCUGGGAAACAUAGGAAGGUGACAGCUACAGGCCGGGAAACUUAACGUCGUCUAUUUGCAGACAAACUGGGCUCCAUAACAGGAUUGGUGUGAGCAACUGAUAUGUGUGUCCUAGUAUUUAACAAAGAAACCAAUACGACAUUGAUUGUUGUGCCUCGCA